AUGAAGGAGCCGCAGGCAAGUCACUGCUGCCUAUCCGCCCUUCCCCGGGUGCAGUGGCAGUCCGUGAGGUGGCCCGACAACUCCACGUUCGAAGGACUGGUCAAGGACGAUAAGUGCCACGUGCGAGGCGUUUUCAAGUAUUCCAAUGGGGACAGAUAUGAGGGCGAGUUUGAAGAGAACAACAUGAGCGGGUUUGGCGUGUAUGUAUGGGGCCAGGAGGGUAGUGUAUACCGCGGGCAGUGGAGGAACAGCAUGAUGAAUGGUUGCGGCGUGAAAAUCACCAAGCAGCCCUCGGGCGGUUACCUGGCUGAGGAGGGGAAGUUUGUGAACGAUGAGUGGGUGGGGGAUGUGAUGGGGUGUUCCAUCGAGCAGGCGCGGGCGGCGGCGGCAGAGGCGGACACGGCGGCACAGAUGGCUCGAGUGUUUGAGCAGCUGGGCGAUGGCGGGGCGAUCAAUGAAGCGGCCGCCAAAGCGCAGGAGGCGGCGGCGACGGCGGCGGCGACGGCACUGCAGGCUAAGAGCCGGCGGCAUCAGCGUCAGCAGCAGCAGCGCGCAUCAGCAGAAGUGCUGGCAACCUCUCCUGCUGCAGCAGUAGCAGCAGCAGCGCCUGACAGCACACCUGCUGCCGAUAUGGCUGCUCGACCAUCAAACACAAAGGGCCUGGUGCAGCACGCCACGCAAGGCGGGACAGCAGAAGCUGCAACAGCGUCCAGCCUGAUGUCCCAGCUGAUCCAGUGA